UAAAUAUUAAAGGCGGGAGAGACCAUCAGCUAUUGGCUGACUGGACCUUGAAACUGCUCAUAGCAUAGCAUUUUAGGAGGCAAUCCAUUUACGCGGGGCCCUCCGUUAUUCCAUCGCUCGGUACCCCAGCCCCCUCCUUUCCUUCUUCCUUCUUGGCUAUGCAUAGUCACUCGUCUCCCUCUCUUUUCUGCAAGCAAAGCAACAAAAUUCAUAACCCACGCAAGAAACAGAGCUCCACGAUUUGUCUGACGACGCAGAUUACGCUGCUUCUAUCCAGCAAGUAAGCAAGCAGUCACUCAAUCAAUCAAGUCGAUCGCACACAACUACCUAAUCAUCUUCAAAUCCGAAUUUACAUUUUAUUCGAGCAAAUGUGCGAUUCGAAAUUUCGAAAAUUGGUCUCGUGAGUUUGAGUUUAGGAUUUUCUGACUCUGACCACUUUGGUAGGGAUCAGCGAGUCUUAUGAUGAGGAGCGAUAGCAGCAAACAUAGCUCGUCUAGCGAACCAGAAGGCGCUGAAGUUGUGUAUUUGAAGGAUAAUGUGACAAUUCAUCCAACUCAGUUCGCGUCUGAGAGAAUUAGUGGAAGAUUGAAGCUUAUUAAGCAAGGCGCCUCUCUCUUUAUGACAUGGAUUCCAUACAAAGGGCAAGCCACGAAUGCAAGAUUGUCUGAGAAAGAUAGGAGUCUUUACACCAUAAGGGCUGUGCCUUUUACUGACGUUCGUUCCAUUCGUCGACACACUCCAACUCUUGGGUGGCAGUACAUAAUUGUUGUUUUGUCAUCAGAAAGGAGGCAUUUUGCAGGACUUGCAUUUCCUCCUUUUUACUUCUACAAUGGAGGAGUCAAAGAGUUCCUUGCUACAAUGAAGCAACAUGUUUUUAUUGUGAGGUCAUUGGAAGAUGCAAAUGUAUUUGUUGUUAAUGAUUUCCAAAAUCCUGUACAGUUUGACAAACUGACACUUGUAUGGGGAAAGGCACGACAGCCGCCCCUGGGUUCUGAGGAGUGGGCCACUUUCUUGGAUUCUGAAGGACGGGUUAUGGAUUCUAAAGCUUUAAGAAAGAGAAUAUUCUAUGGAGGAGUUGAGCACGUAUUUAGGAGAGAGGUCUGGGCACUUCUGUUGGGAUAUCAUGCAUAUGAUUCAACAUAUGCAGAAAGGGAAUGCCUUCGGUACCAUAAAAAGUUGGAGUACGAAACCAUAAAAAGAAAAUGGCAGCAGGGUAUAUCUCCUGAACAGGCAAAGAUAUUUCCAAAUUUUAGGGAAAUGAAAGGCCUUAUAGACAAAGAUGUGGUGAGGACGGAUAGAUCACUUUCUUUCUAUGAUGGGGAUGACAAUCCAAAUUUGAAUGUCUUGUGUGAUAUUCUAUCGACAUACUGCUUUUAUAACUUUGAUCUCGGCUACUGUCAGGGUAUGAGUGAUUUGUUGUCUCCAAUUUUGUUUGUGAUGGAGGAUGAAUCAGAAUCAUUUUGGUGUUUUGUGGCUUUGAUGAAACGUCUUGGACCCAACUUCAAUCGUGACCAAAGUGGCAUGCGCUCUCAACUUUUUGCAUUAUCUAAGCUGGUGGAGUUGCUAGACAGUCCAUUGCACAACUAUUUCAAGCAGAAUGAUUGCUUGAAUUACUUCUUUUGUUUCCGCUGGAUUCUAAUACAAUUUAAAAGAGAAUUUGAAUAUGAGAAAUUAAUGCGUCUGUGGGAGGUAUUAUGGACACACUAUUUGUCUGAGCACAUGCACCUUUAUGCAUGUGUUGCAAUCUUGAAGCGAUAUCACAAUGAGAUAAUGGGAGAGCAGAUGGACUUUGACACGCUCUUGAAAUUCAUCAAUGAACUGAGUGGCCAUAUUGAUCUUGAUGCAGUCCUCAGGGAUGCAGAGGCUUUGUGUAUAUUUGCUGGUGAGAAUGGUGCAGCUUCUAUCCCACCCGGAACUCCACCGUCAUUACCUGUUGAGAAUGAGAAUAGUUUGUUAUAUUCUCAAGUCUCAACACGAUGAAGUAUUGUAAAUGCAAUGCCAUUUAUUGGCACGACUUAUCAUGUUUAUUUUCUAAAUUUUCCAAGGAUACAUUCAAGCUUUGUAUAAUUGGUUGAUCUUUCAAUACAAUGUUGGUAAUCAUAUUCAUU